AGGGGAGCGAGGGUUGUGGUUGUGCUUUCUUGCUUGUCGAAGCCUUGAAUGUGCAGUUUGGGAACAAAAUCUUGAAGUAUUUUUGAUCAAUUUUCUUCGGUUGCAAAAUGGCAAACGAAGCAUGUGCUGAUAUCGCUGUUAUUGGCCUGGCUGUCAUGGGUCAAAAUUUGAUACUCAAUAUGAAUGACCAUGGCUUUGUGGUAUGUGCAUUCAACAGAACUGUGAGAAAGGUGCACGAUUUCUUGGCAAAUGAGGCGAAAGGCACAAAGAUUGUUGGCGCCCACUCAUUAGAGGAAAUGGUACCGAUGCUGAAAAAACCCCGCAGAGUGAUGAUGCUUGUCAAGGCCGGAUCUGCAGUAGACGCUUUCAUUGACAAACUUGUACCCUUGCUCUCUCCUGGUGACAUAAUAAUUGAUGGUGGAAACUCUGAGUACCGCGAUUCAAAUCGCCGCAUGAAAGCUUUGAAAGAAAAGGGAUUGCUGUUCGUUGGAAGUGGCGUAAGUGGUGGCGAAGAUGGCGCACGAUAUGGUCCGUCAUUGAUGCCUGGUGGUGCUCCGGAGGCCUGGCCUCAUAUCAAAGGCAUUUUCCAGUCGAUAUCCGCAAAAGCUGAUAAUGAGCCGUGUUGUGACUGGGUUGGAGAAGAAGGAGCCGGCCAUUUUGUCAAGAUGGUUCACAAUGGAAUUGAAUAUGGGGAUAUGCAGUUGAUUUGUGAAGCAUACCAUUUGAUGAAGAACACACUUGGCAUGACUCCUCCAGAGAUGAGCAAGGUUUUUGAAGAGUGGAACAAGGGUGAGCUGGAUUCAUUUCUUAUUGAAAUUACCAAGGACAUUUUAGCAUUCAAAGAUGAUAGUGGGGAAUAUCUGGUCGAGAAGAUAAGGGAUUCUGCUGGGCAGAAAGGAACUGGAAAAUGGACUGCGAUUUCUGCUUUGGAAUAUGGAAUGCCAGUCACGUUGAUCGGGGAAUCGGUAUUUGCAAGAUGUUUGUCUGCAUUGAAGGACGAAAGGGUGAAUGCUAGCAGCCAGUUGGAAGGACCCUCUUCUUCGAAGUACACUGGUGAUAAGACCGAAUUCAUCGAGCAUAUUCGUAAGGCUUUGUAUGCCUCGAAGAUCGUAUCGUAUGCGCAAGGAUUCAUGCUGAUGCGCGAAGCUGCUAAAGAAUUCAAAUGGCAUCUGAAUUAUGGAAGCAUUGCGCUUAUGUGGCGAGGAGGAUGCAUCAUCAGGAGUCGUUUCUUGGGCAAUAUCAAAGAUGCAUUUGUGAAGAACCCGGAUUUGAAAAACCUGCUACUGGACGAUUUUUUCAAGAAGGAAAUUGCAAAGUGUCAGGAUUCUUGGAGAAAGGUCGUUGCCGCUGGUGCAACCCUUGGUGUGCCAACUCCGGCAUUUAGCACUGCCCUUGCCUUCUACGACGGUUACAGGUCAGCAAUGCUUCCCGCCAACCUUAUUCAGGCUCAGAGAGACUAUUUUGGAGCUCACACCUACGAGUUACUUUCUGAACCAGGCAAGUUCCACCACACUAAUUGGACAGGUCAUGGUGGAAACGUCUCAUCAACGACAUAUCAAGCAUGACUAGGUGACGGCUACUCGCUACGCACAUCAAAGUUGUGACUGAGAACAACAUUGCAUUUUGCACUUCAAUAACACAGAUGCCACUUCCUUUUAUGCUAACUGCACAUCAAAUCUUGACACGAUAUUACAGUCCUGUCAUAAAAAAGCUUUCUAAAUUAAUUUUGUAUUUGGGCUGAUAAAGAAAUAAUUCCAAUGAUAUUAUUUGCAAGGUA